AUGCCGGACGGAGAUAUCCAGCUGGACGAGGCGCAGGUCGUGCGGAGGCCGAGGCCCGGCCGGCUGAGCCAGCCGGUGGUGACGGCCGGGCCGUCGUAUGCGUUCCGUCGGUUCACGGUCGCCUUCUCUUUCCCGUCUUCGUCUAGCGACCCCAUGUUCCAGCCAGGGAUAGGUGCCGUCUUCGACUCGUACUUCACCGAGAACGAUGUGGAGGGAUUCAGGAGUUUUUUGGAGCGGCAGAAGCGGAAUGUGGACGAAACCGAUGAGUGCGGGCUGACCCCGUUGAUGAGGGCAUGUUCCGAAGGGAAAUUGGGAUUUGUGCAGUUGCUCAUCGAACAUGGUGCUGACGUCAACGCGACAGACCUCGACAAAUGGACCCCACUCCUGUAUGCAGUCCAGCAGAACGCCAUCGACGUCGUGACAGAGCUCUUGAAUCAGAACGCCCUCGUCGACUGCGUCGAAAACAGCGGCUGGACCCCCCUGCUCUGGGCGUGCUACUGCGGGCACCAGGAGAUCGCGACUGCGCUCGUCGAGCAGGGAGCGGACGUCCACUUCCUGGGGCCGUUCCACGGGUCGGGGAUCCUCUGGGCCGCGGGUCGGGGCCAUGCGGAGAUCGUCCAGCUGCUCCUCUCCAAGCACGUCAACCCCAACCUGGGGGACAAGUUUGGCUCCACGCCGCUGCUGUGGGCCUGCAGGAAAGGGUACACCGCGAUCGCUGCGGCUCUUCUGGAGCACGACAUCAACGUGGAUGUGGCCGGCAUAAAUUCCUGGUUCCCUCUGAUGCUGGCUGCUCAGGGAGGUCACGCAGAGAUCGUCGAUAUGCUGUUGGAACAUCGUGCAAACGUGAAUGCCGCGGAUAAGGACGGCUGCACUCCCUUGAUGUAUGCGUGCAAAGAGGGAAGCCUCGAAGUUGUCAAUGCUCUGCUCAACCAUGGAGCGUAUGUUAACGUUCAAGACAGGAAAGGUGACUCGGUACUCAUCUACGCUGCUAAGAUGGGCAAUCGGACGAUUGUGAAAGCCCUAAUCAAGAAGUUUGCAGAUGUCAACCUGUCGGGAAAUGACAAGAAGACAGCGUUGUACUGGGCCGUGGAGAAGGGCCAUGUGGGCGUCGUGGAGACCCUGCUCUCUUCGAAUCCGAAUCUGGAAUUAGCCAAUAAGGAUGGGGACACGCCUUUGCUACGAGCCGUGAGGAAUCGAAACGCAGAGCUUGUGGAGAUGCUCAUCGAGAAGAAAGCUCGUGUGACGGCCACAGACAAGAAGGGGGACACCGUGCUUCAUAUUGCCAUGCGAAGUCGUCUCAAGACUAUUGUUGAAAUCAUCUUGAGGAAUCCCAAGUACAGUCGUCUGCUAUAUCAGCCGAACAAGACUGGAGAAACGCCAUAUGCCAUCGACAUGAGGCAUGAUAAAACAAUUCAGGGCAACUUACUUGGCACACGUCACGUGAAUGCGAGUGCAGAGAGCGAGGACCUCCUGGGUUAUGAUCUCUAUAGCAGUGCACUGGCCAACAUGCUGAGCGAGCCACAGCUCAAUACGCCAAUCACUGUGGGCUUGUAUGCCAAAUGGGGCAGUGGGAAAUCCUUCCUCCUCAAUAAAUUACGAGAUGAAAUGAAGCAUUUCAGUCAGCAGUGGAGAUGCGAGCCUUCGUUCAAAUUCUCCCCUUUACUGUUUGUGAUCAUCUGCCAUGUGUCCCUCCUGUUUGGCCUUACCUGUGGCCUUGCGGUUCCAAGCCAAAAGUUAUUGGUUGGUCUCGGUACUGGUUCAGGGGUCUUGGCCAUCUCUUGCUUCCUUUCAUUCACCCUGUGGCUGCAGACCAAGAAGUAUCAGGAAGGCUGGCCUGCAGUGGUGGGGGCAAAGAUUGCCAAGUGGCUCAAAAGUCUCCAAAUCGUCCUGUCAGUUGCCUUCUGUCACCCUCCUGGAUUGGAGCAGUAUCUUUCUUUGGAGGAUACAACCAUUCAGCCUGUCAGGUUUAUAUUUGGGGCAAACACAAAGCUGACCAGUGGUGCAAGUGGUUCCUCAGUAAUUCACAUGAUUGCUUCUUUAUAUCAUGCAAUAGAGAUCCAAUAUGGAACGGUUGGAACUCGUUUCUUCAGGGCAUUCAAACCAAGUCCAGUCCAUUCCUCUUCUCCAUGGAGAUUCCGGAAACUUUGCUGCGUCCCAUAUUUUUUGAUAGUGGAGUUCACUCUGUUGUGCAUCCUGGCUUUGAUAGCCCUUUUGGUUGUCCUCACAGCCUAUCCACCAUCUGAAAGCAGUGACAGUACAGAAUGGUGGUUAGUGAUGGACAAAGGAGGGGAUGAAAAGGUCAUAACAUUAGCUGCCAUUGUCCUUGGCGUUGUCAUUGCUGUGAUCCUUACUGCCAAUAUCACCACCUGGAGUCAUUUGUUUCUGGCUCUUCUUGUACCACCGAGGAAUCAUCUCAGGAAAGCAUUCCAUAUGAUGGGAACUGGCUCCUCUGAAGGCUACAUCCAGUCUAUGAAGAAGGAGGUUCAGCUCAUGGCUCAAACUGUCCAGGGUAUGGAUGCUUUUAUGAAGCAGAAGUCUAGACUGGUGAUCAUUAUUGAUGGACUAGACAGUUGUGAUCCAGAGGAGGUCAUGCAUGUCUUAGAUGCAAUUCAUGUCCUCUUCAUGGAGGAUUAUAUGCCCUUCAUCAUCAUGUUCAGCAUUGAUCCACAUAUUGUUGUCAAGGCUGUCGAGGCAAGCAUUAAUAAGGCUUACCAAGACACUGCAAUCAAUGGCUAUGAUUACUUGAAUAACUUGGUGCACCUCCCCUUCUACCUCCAAAACUCUGGUCUACGAAAGGUGAAAGUUGCACAGACUACAGCAGGUCUGCACUUUGCAAGGAGAGUUUGGGUAGAAUCAGAAGAACCUCUUGAAAUUCCAGGAGGGAGCAGGUCCCUCCGUUCAGAAUCCAUGCUCAGCGUGCGCCACCGAUCCCUACGGCCACGCAUGAAACUGAGAAGCAAUGAGAGCCUGGCAAGCAGUGUCACAAGCAACGUUCAUAAUCGUGCUGCCAUGCCUGACUUCACCAAAGUCCUGCUCACAGAUGAUUACUUUGCAGAUAUCAGUCCUAGGAGGGUGAAGCGACUCCUUAACAUCCUCUAUAUCACUGGCCGUCUGCUGAAAGCAUUCAAGAUUGAAUUUCAGUGGUACCAUCUGGCAAUCUGGGUGAACAUACUGGAGCAGUGGCCAUACAGAAGUUCUUGGAUCAUUGUGUACCAUGAGCAGUACUCUGAUGCUCUGGAAGAUACUACUCCCCUAAGAAAUGUCUAUGACUUGGCCCUUCCUUACAUCCCCCAGUCCAAAGAAAAGGAACCACUGCUGGAAAUAGAUCGAGAUGAAAAGAAAUUCAGCAUAUUGCUCACACUGCACAAGAACUCCUUGCAAGUUCUCCACUUGAAGAUGUUUCUGCCCUUCACCAUCAAUUUGGAUCCAUAUCUUCAGAAGAUAAUUAAAGAGGAGUGGCCUAUUAAUGAAAGUGGUGUUACUUCAGGAAAUGCUCCUGCACCUUUUGAACCAGGAGUACAGUCAAUGUUCCCAUCCCUAGCAAUCAAUGUGCCUAUGCAGUAUUCACAGCAACAGAACCUACCUGAUGCAAAAAAUGUCUUCCAGAAUUCUGCUCAGUUACACAUUCUUCAGAAUCCUCCCUACAAUUUUGUCUCCAAUCCAUGGCUUUUUUAUGGAGGGGUGAAUGCUGGAAGUGCUUGGGAUCCUUAUGCCAUGUCAGGCAUCACCACCUCUGUGGAUGCUUCCUCACUCCUUGAGGCUAAUGUUCCUCUGAGAUCUCUGGAUGCACCUGGUGUAUGUCAGCUGCUGGAGCACAUCCCAAGCCUUUCACAGACACGCCUCCCAGAAUAUAAAGCUUCUCUGAAGUCCAACAACAUCAAUGGCUCUGUUCUCCUCUCAUGCAAUCUUGAUGAUCUCAAACAGGUGAUGGGCAUGUCAUUUGGAGAUUGGGAGCAGUGGAAGGAGAUCAUCCUUCAGUUGAGAAGUCGUGAAAGGAAGUUACUGCAAGGGCAGAGCACUGGCACAAAUGUAGAUGGCCAUGCAGAAGACUUCCCCCGUCAAAAAAAGAGAGCCGAGGCAACUCAGUACCUUUCCAGUCGUGCCACAUCUCGACAGCAGACGCUUGAGAAGCAGGUAACAAUGGAGGACCAAAUGAUUCAGGGUGUUCUCAGUUCAGUGAGUGAAAUGGCCAGCAUGGAUUCCCGGAGGGAAAGCUUCAGUAUUUACACUCCCUUCUCCUGUAUUCCAUCUGAUGUCGAAGAGGACAGCAGUGAAGUCAAUUCACGAGCAGAUGGUGAAACCGAUGUGUUGUACUUGAAGACAUCUUCAUUAGGAGGGGCAACAGGUCUUUCACAAGGCUCUCUCCUCCAUGCAGAAGGAACCUUGCCGUGCACCAACAAUACGUCCACUACCCAGAGUGAAUCCUCUCCAAGAAUGAACUUGACACCCUGCAACAGUGUAUGUACACCUGUCCAACUAAGUCCCAGACCUCAUAAAUUCAGUUUCAAGCGGAUGAAUUGGCGAAAGGACACACCAUUGGAGAGGCCAAGAAAUGCAACAGCAUCCUCUCUUCCAGGAACACCACGACCUAGGAGGUCAUCCCUUCAAAAUAACAUAGCCGAAUUGAUUCAUAGUGGGAUUUUGGAGAAACGGGCUCAGAUCAAACGGAAGGCUUUAACCCGAUCAUAUACAUUCCAGGAGAAAGAUGACCCUCCUGAUCUAUCCCUCAAAACCUUAACAGAUCCCGGUGAAAAAACAGAAUAUGAGAAUAUACCCCUGUUAGAUAGUAUGUGCCCACCUCAGUGGUGAAUGUUACCUUUGCACAGCCCUCUAUUUUAAGAAUAAAUGUUGCAGUGAUCCA